AUGUCCCCUAGUCAAGAACAACAACAGCAGCAGCAGCAGCAACGGAUUGCCAACUGUCAAACAUCAAUUGUGAAUAUUGUCAACAGUGGUAGUAAUGACAUCAUCUGUGAUAAUAGUAGCUCGGUUAGGGUGGAAACUUCAUCGACGUCCUCUCUAUCCUCGUUGUCGUCAUCCUCGUCUUCAACAACGAGAACAACACUGCCUAGGAACUAUUCGCUGCCCGACCAACAACAGAAGAGGCCCAUUCUGCGCACGGCGCGAACGCAGUCGGACCCCGUGCAUGCGGUGGCCGUCCUGCCACAGGACAAUGUCAAAGUGAUAAGGAGUAGCAGCAGUAGCGCCAGUGUCAACAGUGAUAAUAGUAUAAGUAUUGCAAUCAAUCAGAGUGGUCUGGAGGGAAGCCUAAAACGGGAGGAGUCGUUCCAGAAAGUGAUAACUGUCUCACCACAGACAACCGGCCCAGACGACCAUUCACAAGAUGGCGGCACCUGUGUGAAACGGGAAGAAUCCUUCCAUAAAGUGAUCACAGUGUCACGUGUGUCGAGCCCAACAGUCAGUGUAGCCACGUCCACAUCACCCGACCCCGAUGACAACAAUCAGGUGACGAUCUCUUCCAGUGAGGUUUCGAUCGCGAUCGGCGGCGACGCAGCGGAGAGCGAGCCUCUGCGACUGGUGCAGCGGACAGAGGUGACGCUGCGUGUGAACGCUGCCACAAGCGACGCUGCGUCUCAAACUGAGCAGAGUGCGCAGGCGCGGACGCCUUCCCCCUCCACCGCCGCCCAGCAGACGAAUCGAGUGCGAUCAGCUGUCGCGUGA